AUGUUUGGUUUCAAACCGGGCGAAGAAGGAACUGGUUCAGAAGAUAUAUAUUUUAUAAAGGUUUUGGGCGUUUAUAAACGGAUGAGUGAAGCUCUAUAUGGUAAAGUCCACUAUCCGCCGCGCGGGUUCUCGGACCUCCACGAUAAGGCGCUGUGGAUGUGCGGCGACGCCUCAUGGAAGUGGCAUACCAAAGAAAUGAACGAUCCAUAUAUUACACCGACAAAACCACUAUAUCUUUCUAGACCCGACAUAUUCAAGGUAGCUGCUGGAGCUUGGGUACACAAACAGAGAUUUAUUACCAACGGUGACCCCAGGGGCGUCGGCGUCUGCCGUCCUGAUGUUUUUGCCAGUACUCGAGUUAAAGAAGACUUCAUCACAUUUUGUGACUUUUUCUCUGAUCGAGUAUCCAAAGCAGAAUCGCCAGUAGAUGGAAAAAAUAGCGUAGUAGUAGGGGAAACUACCUUGGACCAUUUCCAGGAUUCUGGAUCGCGUAUUAUGUUUCAUGAGCUCGUCCAUUGGUUUGGAACUACAUUUGACGAGAAGGGAGAUUUAAUACGACUUCCAGAUCAACAGGCCGUUUCAGCAGAUGGGGACCUAGUCUGGGUAUAUACAGACAAAGUAGGCAGACCUAAACUCACCACUACUUCUAAACAGCAGCCAGGAAUCAGCUAUGCAAAGUGGGUUGUUUAUACCUACGCGAGAUGCUCUAGAUUGGCACGUAGCCACCCCGGCAGCGAGUUUGCCCAAAAUUCAGGACCAGCGAUGGCUACCAACACCGCUGAGACGUAUGCUUACUUUGCCAUGAUGGCGUACUUGGAUAAUUUCGAUUGGUCCGGGGAUGAGAUAGCGAAGAAUAUAAAUGGCGAUUAG